AUGACCACCAUCGACUCCUUCGUCAAUCUCGACCGGGCCCACCCAGCCCACAGCGGCCCCAACUCCAUGAGCGCCACCCAUCCCCCCGCCUCGGCACUCUCCCACGCUAUGAUGGACAUCCAUUCCAACCUGACCGCAAAGGAGAUCUAUCGCGAACUCGAGAGCCAGCGGCUCGAAGUUGCCGCCCUCACGGCCCUCGCCCGUGACCAAGGCGCAGAGAUCUCGAGCCUCCUCCCUGAGCUUGAGAAGCAGCGGCGCGAGGUCGUCAUCCUCUCCUGUCGCUGCAACGAAAUGGCAAACCGGCUCGACGCCGAGCGAGAAAAAUCGCGGAGCUGGGAGUACCUUUCAUCCUGCCUCCGCGAACAGGUCGUCGAGCUCGAGAAGAGUCGAAGGGCAGACGAUGAGGAGAGACGAAAGUUGCAGGAAACGGUCCAGCGCUGGAGCGCUACGCAACGCCAGCUCGAAGACGAGCUCCUCAACCUCAACCGCACCAUUUCCGAGCUCAACUCCAGCAAUUCUCAAAAGGACGAGGAGAUCCAGAAGCUCCGAAACCAGAUCGAGGAAGUCAUGGGCCGCACGUCCAUUCCCAACAGGCCCCCACCCCGGCGCCCCUCUGAAUCCACCAGCGCCCCCGACUGCGCCCAGGAUGCCGGUGCACCAACAGCGCCGAGCAGCACCGGUGGCGGCGGAGGUGGCGGCCGCUCACAGCCGGCUGGAACACUUGGAUCAGCCGUCUCGUCGACCCCUGCCUCGACACCCUUACCUUCGGUGCCACACACCCCUGUGUUGUCGUCGCAGCCGGCACGACCGGCCCAGACUCUGUCACUGCCGACUGCCCUUACGCAGCCUCCGCCACCAGCCUCGCUCACGUCCACAUCAGCCAGCACGCAUCCGAUCCCGCCCCUGCCGCUGCCACUGCCGCCGAAACCGCAGCCAUCCCAGCCAAGCAGCACGCUUGCUCUCGCCCAGAGCGGGUCCCAGCCUGUCAAGUCUGGCUUGGCUCCGUCAACCCUGUCUUCCUGCGACACACUUCACAACGAAUGCGUCAAGGCCUCCGAGACCGAGGAUAGACCCGGGUCGUCGUUCUCUGCUCUGGCGACACUACAGGACGAGAACGACCAGGGUGAUGAAGUAUAUCAAGUCGUCGGGCCUGACGGUUCGCAGUGCGUUGUGUCCGAUGACCGGAUGGGCAAAUCGGACCAAGGGGUCUGGGUGCACGUUCGCGGCAUCCCUGCGCUGUUCACUGCCCAAGCCCUCCAUCUUAUCUUUACGGCCUUUGAACCAGUCGAGACAUCCAUUCCUCACUCGGACCGCCAAAACAAGGGCAAUAGAGGAUACGGGCUCGUCUUGCUGCCGUCCCGCGACCAUGCGAUCCGCGCCAUCAAUGCUCUCAACGGCGUCCUCGUCCAAGACAAGCGCCUCGAGCUCAACUUCUCGACCAGUCCCGGUCCCCGUGGGCCACGAUUCAUGGACAUGGCUCGCACGGUACAUGGCCGGAUCAGCCCCGGCACCUUCGCAGGCAGCCACGGCCACAUCACAACGGGGCCUCUGCUGGUCGGACAGAAAUCUGCCGACCGGGAUCGCAAGAUAAAGCGCUAUACUUGAUUCCAUAACGGCCGUGACAAUCCUGAAAUACCGAUGGGAGUGCGGCGCGCAUAUGUGCGUGCAUCCUAGUCUCGGAAAGGGCAGUGUUUUCUUCGUAAUGCAAUACAUGACCUGAU